UUUGAUGGGAACACUGCCAGUGAUAUAACCCGCAAUAGAAACAGACGUUAAACUCUAGACAGUUAUAUUAGCAAUAUCCGUGUGAUUGUACCGCGUAUAUAUAUAUGUAUUAAGCAAAACUAGAAGUGUAAGUCAUUCACCGUCACCUAUAGCGACCAUUACAUGACUAUAUGUUAUAUAUUAUCAUUAUUUAUGAGGUAUUACUAAAGAUAUCCACACCUAUUGAAAGCAGCUCAGGGGAUUAACAUAAAACUUUCAGUCACCAUGACAACAAUUGUAUCUGAUCACAGAAAAAAACACAGAAAUCAAAGCAGGUUUGAUAAUGAUGUAGAAUGGAGGAAUAUGAACAGACCAAUACAAACAGUGUAUGAUGUAUCAAACACCACUACACAACUUAUCUUACUUAAUAAUAGAUGUGGCAAGUAUGACAAUCGUCUUCGUGGCCAAUCUGCAAAAUCAAGAUCAAUAGUGCUUCCAGAUCCAAUCCGCCAUUUUUCAACGGAAUACCCCUGUGAUAGAAGAGUUCAUCAGAAAUGUUUCAAUGAAGAUCCAGAAAUGAUGAAAUCUCAUCCCAAAACUGCCUUAGCGUGGACUAAUGAUACACAACGACCAGCAAUGAAGUUCUCAGAUGAUACGGCUGUUAAUAACAGACGUCACACGUCCUGUCAACAUCACGAUCCAAUAGAUUAUAACUUAACACAACCUAGAAGGCGAAAGAAACGAGUUUUAUCAGAGAAAGUUUUAUCCAAAUCGGUUGCCUAUUGCCCUGAUUUAACGAAUGGUGAAAACCUUUAUCUAUAUAAUAUAUCCCGUAUAUACAGUACAAAAAACCUGCAGACAAUAAAUCAGAAUAAAUACGCCACUGUAUUAGAUAAAGAGGAACGAAGGGGUUUGUAUAAUAAGAGAGAUAUAGACAAAUAUUGGAAAUACUUGAAAUCACCUAGACAAACAAACCUUAGUAUUGGACGCUCAUCUUAUUCCCUCACUCCAUUAAGACAGAGGAAGAAAUCAAAAAAGAAAAUUAAACGAAAUGAAGAUAAUCAGAAAGGUCGAGAUAAUGACGCCCCGGAAACCAAUCAUCUGGUCGAUGCAAAAGAUAAUAAACACAAUUCCGACGAAACAGAAUCAAAAAACCAAGAUCCCGAUGAUCAGCAAAGAGACAAGGACACAUGUUCAGAUAGCUAUAGAAGUACCUCUUCUAGGAGCCGAAGCAGGAGUAGCAGUAGUAGCGGCAGUAGUAGUAGUUCAAGCAGUCGUUCAUCUUCUUCCCGAAAACCACGCAAAAAUGGAGACAACCGAGCUAGUGACGAUGAAGAAAGAGCAAAAGGGGUAGAGGAUGGUGACAAACGAGCUAGUGAUGUUGAGGAUUAUAAACCUACACUAGAUACACGAGCUAAUAAUGCUUCAGAUGAAGAUUCUUCCCGGGGUAAAAACUCGGAAUCUCUUCAAUCUAACGACAAUGACAGGGGCGAGGAUUAUGAUAAAAGAGAAGGUCAUGGUAGACCAAAAUCAAGAUUUGGACGGAUAACCGUGAUGACCAGAGAUAACUCUGAUGAUGAUUAUGACACAGAUUCCAGUGAUUCAACUAAUUCUAUUAGUGAUUCAAGACAGCGAAACAAUAGACCUGUCAUAGACGGCAAGAUCGAAGGGUCCCCGACGAACUCGACAAAAAGUGAACAAUUGAAAGAUCAAGACAAAACUCUGCAAAAUGCAGAACAAAAACCAGAUGAAAACACAAAAGAAGAGAACCGGGAGAGGAGUCUUAAUGACGUGUCAGAAGCAAAUGAACCAAAUGCUGAAGAUCAGCCUGAGAAUAUCAGUAAAUCUGAAAGUCUUGACCAAAACAAUGAUGAUCCAUCGAAACCCACAGAACCACAGACUAACCAAUCAAUUAAUGCAGGAGAAGCCGAGAGGCAAACUCCACCACAAGAGCAACCCAUAAACCCAGGUGAAUCUUCAUCUGUUAAAGAACUUUCAGAUCAAAAUCCUAAAAGUGCUAGAAAUAUAAACUUGAAAUCAAAUACUAAAACAAAUGAUCAGUUAAAAUCCAAAAAGUUUAAUCGUAAAAAUUCCGAGACAAGUUCGUGGAAAUCUUCGUACAGUGCUUCAUCCAAAUAUAAAACACUUUCUUCCACUUCUUCCCGUAGGUCCAACAGCAGCAUCUCCUCAACCAGAAGAACAACCAGAGGGGAUUCUAAACCAAAAAAGGAGUCUUCAGUGAUAAAGGGAAGUAGUUCAGUGGAUGAUGGAACUAAAACCAAAAAUGAUACCGCCGAAGAAGUCGCUUCUAAAGUACCUUUCAGGAGUGUUUCAAUAGACAGUCAUUUAUCUAAACGUAUGGCAGAAAAUGAAUCAUUUAAUGGACCAAGUAAUGAUGUAGAUAAGAUAGAGUAUUAAAAACUGAUUUUCGAAUACACAUUUUGUACGUGACAAAAGCAA